GUCUACCUCGACUACAACGCCACCACCCCGAUCUUCCCCGAGGUGGCCGCCGCGAUGGAACCGUUCCUCUGGGAGCACUUCGGCAACCCCUCCUCGGGACACGCGUUCGCGGCGCCGUGCCGCGACGCGAUCCACAAGGCUCGCGGACAGGUCGCCUCGAUGUUGGGCUGCGACCCGACCGAGGUGGUGUUCACGUCGUGCGGGUCCGAGAGCGAUAACCACGCAAUCGCAUCCGCCGUGGACUUGUUCGUCGCGAAGAAUCGCUCCUCCGACUCAAAGCCAAAAGCGAUGAUGAAUAAGCCUCACGUCGUGUCCACCGCCGUCGAGCACCCGGCGAUCCUCGAGUACCUCGCCGCCAAGGCAAAGGCGAACGAACUGACGUACGACCUGGUUCCGGUGAACGAGGAAGGUUUGGUGGACCCGAAGGCGGUUGCGGCGAAAGUGAGGUCGGACACGUGUAUGGUCACGGUGAUGCACGCGAACAACGAGACGGGCGCGAUCCAGCCCGUCGCCGAAUGCGCGCGGCUGGCGCGGGAGAAGAACGAGGACGUGUUGAUCCACACCGACGCCGCGCAGUCGUGCGGCAAGAUACCGGUCAAGGUGAACGACUUGGGCGUGGACAUGUGCACCGUCGUCGGUCACAAGAUUGGCGCGCCCAAGGGCGUCGCCGCGCUCUACGUCGCGUCCGCGGCACCCUUCUCGAAGCUUCUACACGGCGGUGGGCAAGAGUCCGGGCGCCGCGCGGGCACCGAGAACGUCCUCGAAAUCGUCGGCCUCGGCGCCGCGUGCGAGCUCGUUGAGCGAGAAAAGGACAUCCUCCCCUCGCACAUGUCCGCGAUGCGAGACGAACUUUCACGCAGGCUCGCGAGCGGGCUCGGCGGCGACGACGGCUCCGGCGUCCGCGUCAACGGCCCACGCGACGACGCCAAGCGCUUACCAAACACCCUCAGCGUCGGUAUCAAGGGCGUCUCCGCGUCGCAGCUGCUGGACGUGCUCAAGGACGACGUCGCGGCGUCCGCGGGUGCGGCGUGUCACUCGGGUGAAGCCGCGGCGAGCGUGAGCGCGGUUUUGAGCGCGAUGGCGGUGCCGGAGGAGUACGCCAUCGGGACGCUGCGGCUGAGCGUUGGGAGGCACACGUGCCCGGCGGACGUGGAG